AUGAAUUGUGAAAACAAAGCCGCUGAAGAUAUUGACUUAAAUUUAGUUGACGAAAAUAAUGAGAGCGAAGAUGACGUAAGUGAAGAUGAAGUCUAUGAUAUUGACUUAAAUUUAGUUGACGAAAAUAAUGAGAGCGAAGAUGAAGUCGAUGAUAUUGACUUAAAUUUAUUUGACGAAAAUAAUGAGAGCGAAGAUGAAUUCGAUGAUAUUGACUUAAAUUUAGUUGACGAAAAUAAUGAGAGCGAAGAUGACUUUGGGAAGUGA